GGCCCCGUGAGAUCCGCCUCUCUUCCCAUCAACCUGCGGCUCAUCCUGCUUUUCCAUUGGCCUUUUAUUCCACAGACAGACUGCUAUUCCUGAACUCGCCGUAAUCGCAUCUAUCCCGAGUGUCCCUCGACAGGAUCGGAGCUGACAGAGUUAAUUUCGCUCCUUUAGCACCCGCGGACGUCGAUUUGCCUCGGAAUUAAGACGGUGGUUUAUUGGUAGACGGUCGGUUGCGCUUUAAUUCAACCGGGCGACAUCGUGCGGGAGGUGGAGCCGCCGAACAGAACAGCGCGCGCAGCACAUUAUUAUUAUUCCUCGUAAGUGCAUACUACAAUCAUGAGUGAUUCAGAAAAACAAACCGUCUCCCUUAAGGACAAGGAUGGAGUGGAGAAAAGAGGACGCGGAAGACCAAGGAAGCAUCCUAAGGAAUCCAGUGGGUCACCGAGUGCGAAAAAACCAAGAGGACGACCAAAAGGCAGCAAAAACAAAGGCCCAUCCAAGAGAAAAUCAUCAGCCUCUGGCCGCAAAGCGAAGGGAAAGCCUAAGAAAGAGGAAAAGGAAAAACCUCAGGAUUCAUCUGAUGACGCCGAAGAAGACGACGAUGAAGAACAGUAACAAUCUGACCGGAGCACUACCUCAUAUUCAACCAAACCAACAGCUGUCUGCUCUCCAACCUGUGGACAACACAGAAUGUUUUUCUACAACCACAAAAGGACAGUAACCGAUCCUGCAUAAUACAUGAGCUUCAUGGUAUUAGAUGAAAUAUACUGUAGAAACUACAUCCACACUGCAUACAAUAAUGUGUUU